AUGUAUCCAUCGAUGAUUCCUGCCGCGCAGCCGCUGCCGCAGACGACGGCCGACAUCCCGCAGCGCGCGUACGUGCCCAUGAAGGACCCGCGGACGGGCGUCGACACGACGAACGCCGAGUGCGCGCGCUGCCGCAAGGGCCUCUUCGAGAAGGACAUGGUCAAGCAGCCGCAGUGCGGCCACCUGUUCCACGCGCACUGCAUCGACAACCACCUGCGCUCCGAGAUCUGCUGCCCCGUGUGCAAGGUGCAGGUGCUGUUCCCGGCCGUGGCCGCCACGAUCGUGCACGACGGCAGGGCGGCCGGCUCCGUCUACCCAUCGGCCCAGCUGCCGCCCAGGGCGGUGCCCGUGGCCACGGCCUUCGCCCCGGUGGACGGUACGGACGCGCGCGACUACGCGUCGUGUCGGGAGUGCGGCCAAAUAUUCUACCGCGACCCGACCAAGGUGCGCCCCGAGACCAACGGUUGGUACCGCUGCCAGCGCUGCGCACAGACCGACAUCGUCGACUUCAUCCGAGGCAGCUGCGUGCUGCAGUGA